ACCACUCAGAGUGUGAUAGCGUUCGCCAUCGUCUUGAAAAGCAACACGAGUCUUCGCUGUGUCGAUAUCAGUCGGCCUCUGCUCUUCAGCCACCAGGAGGAGUGGGCGGUGCACUUCUCUGAGAUGCUGGCGGUGAACAGCAGCCUGGUGGAGCUCCACCUGGGGAAGAUGGGGAUGAGCGACACGGGGAUGGAGAGGCUGACAGAAGGUCUGCGUCUCAACCACAGCCUGCGCUACCUGGACCUGAACUGUAACCGCGUGACUCGUGACGGCGUGCGGCAUCUGGCCGAGGUCCUGAAGCAGAACCCGACCCUGGAGAUCGUCGACCUGUCGUGCAAUCGGAUUGAAGAUGAAGGCGCUGUGUACCUGAGCGAGGCCGUCGCCUGGCCAGGCUGCGUCCUGAGAGAGUUGUCUGUCAGCAGUAACAACAUCAGGACGGAGGGUCUGCUGUCUUUGGCUCAGGCUAUGAGCGUUAACACAUCUCUGAACCACGUCUACAUCUGGGGAAACCACCUGGAGGAGCCCGUCUGUCAGGCCUUCAGAGAGCUGGUCGCCAGCGGCCGCCUGCCUCCGGAGCAGACGGACGUUAGCGCCUACGAGGUGGACGGUCGAGUGUUUCUCUCUGAGGUCUUCAACAGUUUGAGGAGACACUAUCACGGCUCCGGUACCGACACAUCCCGCACCUCCGACACUGCGACAGACCACGCUUCCAGCCACGACUCCACCUUCCCGCCAUACGUUGAGAGUCGGCAGCUUGUUCCCCUGCAGCCCUGCUAGAGUCUCGUUAACCUCCUCACAUUACCCAGAAUCCCAACAGACCGAGACUUAAAGACGGACUGAAACAAACACACGUCAAAAGUACAAAAGUAAAUAAAAGAAUGCAAAUAUUCCAAAAGAAAGAAGUCGUG